AUGCAACAACACUAAACAAAAAACAAGGUUUUUCCUAAUUAGCCAGAUCAUGUCGGAGUCGAGAAAGCCAAAGAAGUAUUAAAUAGUGAAGAAUAACAGGGAUAAGUACUGGAACAGCAAACAUAAGCAACAGAAAAAUCGACCGACCCAAAGAAACGUUAGUUUCCUUUUUCUCAGGAAAAGGUUGGUUAAUAUUUUCCCAAAGACAAAAAGGAAAAUAUACAAAGUUAUACAGGAAAAGGAAUAUGUAUGUGAUCGGCUGGCUAUAUAAGAAGAGUCCAUACGUGAAUAACAAAGGAAACCCAUGGCGAAUAAUCCUAUAGCCGCACCUCCUCCUGCGAAAAAAAGGAAGACGUCGUUGUCAUCAAUUCCAGAUGAUGUCAUUGUGAACGUCUUAGCUCGGAUCUCGAUAUCCCACUACCGUUCCCUCUGCUUAGUCUCCAAAAACUUCUACUCUCUUCUAUCUUCUCCAGAUAUCUACUUUGCUCGAUCCCUAAUCGGUACCACAGACGUUCACCUCUACGUGUGCCUACGGCUACCAACUCCCUCCUCCACCAGUCAUCAUCACAGAUGGUUCAAUCUCGGCUACCGUCAGGGUCAGUUAAGUUUAGUACCGAUAGGAGGAGGAAGCAACGAGGAGAAGCGGACCAGAGCCGUUAGAGUUCUUGAUUGUCGGAGUCGUACGUGGCGUCCUGCUCCCGACAUGAAGGUGGCAAGGAAACACGCUAGGUCUUAUUUUUUAGAUGACAAGAUAUAUGUAACAGGAGGAUGCACAAGAAGAGAGGAAAAUUGGGGUGAGGUUUUCGACAUAAAGACUCAGAAGUGGAAGCCAUUGCCUAAGCCUCCUAGUGAUCAUGAUCACAAAGGUGUAGUUUAUGGAGGAAGGCUAUACGCUUUCACCUCCAUCAACUACGCAUAUGAGCCGAAAGAAGAAAGAUGGGUACAAGAGGCGGGGUUUGUGGGUCUAGGACCUAUAACAGGACCUUUGUGCGUUAUAGGAAAUGAGAUUUUUGCUGAACAUGACCGUAAGUACACGUGGUAUAACCCAAGGAAUGUGAAUGGAAAGCAGCAGGUAAUAGAUGGUUUGAAUGAUGUGUACAAGAAACGUGCUAAUAAUUACAGAACGAUUCAAUUAGUUAACCAUGGUGGGAAACUGGUAAUUAUAUGGAAUGAGACUCGCAGGAAACGCAAGCGUCUUUGGUGUGCGGUGAUUAGCUUGGAGGAGCGUUCCACUCCAUUGGGAACUCGUAUGCGGGGGAAGGUCGAACGAUGCGAUCUUCUUUUAGAUUCAGUCCACAAGUCAUAUAUGCUCUCAAGCUGCCUAUCGGUUUUGGUCUGAAACUCAUAUGUUUGCUAUAUUUCUAAUAAGAUGACUUUGUCUUUACAUCAAAACAGGAAUCUUGCAUCAUAUUCCCUUUGUAAUAAAACCAAUGUAAAUAUAUAUGAUCUCUUCAAAGUAUGGAAACUAAAAUGGGUUGAUAUCAAUUAUGCUGUCUGCUUUGUGUAUUGUUUGUCUUGUCUAGAGAAGAGGGGAGGGAUAAAAUAAUCAUCAUGUGGGUG